AUGGCGAUUGUGACUUCAUUCCGCAGUUUCAUACGCAACCUUGGAGCAACUCUAGGUCUAGCCAUAGCGGGCACAAUCAUUAACAACAACCUUCGCUCAAAAUUAUCUCAAGUAGCAGACAUUUCCUCAAGCAAUUUACAAUGGCUUCUUGAUAAUCCGAGCGAAGUCCUGGCAGGCUCUGUCACUUUGCCUGGGACUUCCACAAGCGUCGAUCUUAAAGAUGUAUUCGUCGCAGGUUACAAAGUAGGUUUCAGGACGAUCUUUCUUGUGGGAGCGGGACUUUCUGGCCUAGCAUUCUUCUUCGCAUUUGCGUUGUUGCCGCAGAUCGAGCUGUCUCGCCCAGAUGAAGCAAAGCUGAAAGAGGGAGGAAAGAAGUUUGAUGAGCAAUUACGACAGAAAAAGGGAGGAAAGGCCGACACCAAGAUUCAGCUUCACGGCAUCACCUGA